AUGAGCUACUGUUUGCACGACGGCAACUGCCCAGGGGCGGACAAGUGCUGUUCCUUCGGCUGCACCUUGCGCUGCAUGAAGCCCGUCACAGGUUACUGCCAGGAGCCCCCUGAGGAGGGGCCUUGCAACAAGAAAACCUACCGCUGGUUUUACGACCCGAAGACCGGAGAAUGCAAGAAGUUCAUUUUCGGGGGCUGCGGGGGGAACCGCAACAACUUCAUCAACAAGUGGACCUGCCAGGUGGUCUGCCGCCAUAAAGCCGAAAUAGACUGCAGCAGCGUCCCCAAAUAUAUUCCCUCGUGUAGGGUCCCCAGAGAAGCUUUCUUCUACAACAUCACCACCAAGAGUUGCCAGUAUUACACCGACUUUGGCUGCGGCACCAACAGGAACAGCUACGAGUCCCUGACGGGAUGCCAGGAAUUCUGCGAAGAGGCUGGGUGGUGGACGGUGAUCGUGCUGAGCUGGUGA